UUAAGCGAGCGAAGCCGAGAGAUAGAAGUGAUGAGAGAAAGUUAAUGAAUUAGAGAUAAAAAAAGAAGUUGCGAGAGAGAGAGAGAGAUUAAGGCAAUAUACAUACGCGUGUGUAUAUAUAGAACUUUUAUUUUUCCUUUUGUUAUUGAUAUAUUUUUAAUUAGUAAUUACUGCUGCUGCUUCGACUACUACUGCUACUUCAACACCACCUACACAUAAAUUUGAACGGAAGUGAGCAGAGAGAAAGGUUGGAGGUUUUUUGUGGCGGAUUUUGUUGGUUUUUGUCCGAAGCCGAGAGAAAAAAUGUCUUUGGAUGCGGUCCCGAAAGAUAUGAGGAACCUGCGGGCUUGCCUGCUCUGUUCCUUAGUUAAGACCUUUGACCAGUUUGAGUAUGAAGGCUGUGACAAUUGUGAUGACCAUUUACACAUGAAGAACAACCGAGAUGCAGUCUAUGUCUGCACCAGUUCCAACUUUGAUGGGUUAAUAUCAAUGAUGGGACCUGAAGACAGUUGGGUGGCAAAAUGGCAGAGAAUUAGUAAGUAUCUCUCUCUUUCUAGUAAUGGUGACAACUGUCAACUCAGUUAGCCCCCCCCCCUCUCCCGCCCCCAUUAUACCACUGGUAUACUCUUAAUCCUACUAAGCAUUGUACUCCUCAUUCAGCAAUGUCUAAGAGUUUCUACAUGCUCAUCUGACCAGCUAGAAAUACCAGCCAAUCCAUUGCUAGAUUUAGUGUGUUUGGUCAUGGCUGGGUUCCCUUUGAUCUUAGCUCUGCUGGAUUAGGGCUAAACUGGUAAUAAACAACAUCCAGGGUAUUUUGUAUCACAUUAUCCAGAGCUACUUUACGUUUUGAGGAACAUUUUGUUGCUUUUAGUCCCCAUAACUUACCUGUUCUUCUACCAACUCCAGCCAUAGACCCCUGCCUCUGUAGACAUUGGGGCCUGAUGCAAUCCUGACUCUUUGGCUCCUGUCAAACCAUCCGACGACCUCUUUGAUCAGCAGGGAAGGUGGACAUUAAAUGAUGAUGAUUGUAUGGGAGGGGAGAUGCAUAACGAGAUAUUUUAAGUAACAAAACUUUAUUAUGAAGCAAAGAUGGUGUGAAUGGAAUGAGAGAGAGAGAGAGAGAGAGAGAGAGACUGCUUACAACAGGAAAUGGUUUGGAAAUGUAGCAAGUCUUCAACAAAUACUUUAAUUAAAUAUGCUUUUUUCACACAACAAUCGUUGGUUGUUGGGUCUCAGAUCUCAGCGGGAAAAACUUGUCAGCUGCAAAGAGAGAAAAAUGGUUAUUUUGAAGAAAAGUUGUGGUUUUGUGAUAAAUAAUAAUAAUAAUAAUCCAUCAAGGUGGAGGUCAGUUGGUGUCUUGUGGUUGUUUUAAUUAAGUGGAGGAGGGGAUUAAAUGGGCUGCUAUCAUCUUUUCUGAGGUUCCUUUGUUAAGGUAUAAAAGUCCCCUCAGUUUGCUUGACUGGCAAUAGGUUCCAGUUUGAUAGUUGUUGGAAAUAAUCAACAUGAACCCCUAUGACCAGUUUUGGGGAAUCAAUCAAGGGACCACAAUCCAAUUUACUAGGGGCAGGUGUAAUUGUACUCUAGUCAGGAUAAGGUCAACCCUGGGCUAGCUGACCCUUGGGCAAAAGUAUUUCAACCAUGCCCAUCCUUAUUUGCAGGGCUUAAUUUUUGAAGAGAAUAGACUGAUCUGAGGGACAUUUCACUGGUAUUUCUUACGGACUCUCAAUGUUGACUCAAUAGCUAUAAACUCAUAUGGAACCAGUGAAUGGGAGAAAGACCCCGCCACUGCCUCAAUAUUUCUGUACAAAGAGGGGUAAAAAAAAAACGAAAUAAAGGAGUAUUAAACUCCCCCCCCCCCAUAUACCUCAGUGUAUUGUUGUUGUUGUUGUUCACUAACCUCAAGCGAAAGGUUGGUUUCAUUAGGGUUUGAAGUUUCGGUGGUGGUUCAGCUGCCACUCGUCUCUGUUAUAUAAAGUAGGAGGCGUGUUUGGCCUCCUAAAAAAUAGCAGCCCUCAAACUUAACCCUAGUGUCUUAAAGAAGGGUACAUUAGGCCAUGCUUGAUAUACAAAACAGAAGGGAUAGUCGUGGCUGGAAUCAGAGUUGGGACUGGCUUAGGAUUUACUGAGUCUUGGACCCACUUGUUGACAUCAGUAUAAUUGUGAUGGUGGGGGGGGGGCAGAGUUUGGAGGACGUAAAUGACGGGGGGGGGGUGUAUGACCCUAGGUCAAGUGUUUACUGUGUCUGGAAAAGGCAUAAAUAUUACAGCUCUCAACCCCUAAUAACUGCUAUUUAGCUCACUGCUGACAUUUAAAUAAAUUUAUUACAAUCUCAUACCAGUAAUAUACUAUGGUCAAAUCCAUGAUUCCCAAUGUGGGGCACGGUAAUAUUUUGGUGAGGCACGCAUAGGGUUACGCUGAAUUUUUAUACCUUUUGUACACUAAUAGAGGAAGGGGGUAAUUCAAAAAUGAGUUUAAAAAAAAAAUUCUUCACAUCCCUUCUAUGAAAUUUUUUCACUUUUGACACUUUAGAGACAUCAGGUCAUUUCACAAGAUCUGAUGUCUCUAAAGUGUCAAAAAU